AUGGCCUACAACUCGAUUAGUGGUCAGCAGCUUGCUUGCAAGGUUAUAAACCUUCGACCUCUGAGGGAAAAGAUAUUUAGGGGAUCAUGGACAGGCGACAAUGAUGACGACGAUGGCGAUACAACUGUCUUGCGAAAAGCCAAACUCUUCAGUGUGAAGUAUGGGAAGAAGCUACGAAAGCCUGACCGUGAAGCAAAGCUUAAGAAAAGAUUGGAAGUUUUCGGCCGCGAGGCCCUAAUACUGAAAGAUCUAUGCCAUCCCAACAUUGUCAGCCUCGAAAAAGUGAUACAAACUAAUUUCCAUAUCUAUCUCUUUCAGGAGCUGGUACCUGGUGGAGACCUGUUCUCUUAUAUCCAGUACAAAGGGGGGAUGCUGACUAACAUGGAGGCUGCAGUCAUAAUCAGGCAGCUGCUGAUGGCUUUGGAUUACUUGCAUGGACAGGAUAUCGUUCAUCGGGACCUGAAACCAGACAACAUACUUAUGACAUCUUUGGAUGACGGAUGCCGGGUGGUGCUAUCUGACUUUGGAUGCGCCACCCGCAACCCUGGACGAAUGUCGACAAUGGUUGGCACAUUCGAAUAUAGUGCUCCAGAAGUCAUAAAUCCUAGUCAAGAGGGUUAUACGAAAGCUGCAGACAUGUGGUCGCUAGGUUGCGUAACUGCGGUCUUACUCACAGGUAGUACUUCGUGCGAUGGCUCAAUGGCAACGUACGCGAUUGACUUGGCUAAAAUCGGUGGGUAUGAGAAGUUGGAAGCGAGUCUUACCAGACAUUCUGCGCUUCCCCGAGCAAAGGAUUUCAUUCAACGCCUCCUCAGAAUUGUCGCAGAAGAGCGCAUGACUGCCAACCAAGGGUUGCAACAUGCGUGGUUCAGCAAUUCCGCCCAUUCGUCCGAAUUUCGAGAACUUUACUGUCGAUCAAUCAAAAACUGGACUCCAUGCUCUCCCCGAGCGCCGGUAAUCGUGGAUAUCACCAGCUUGAAUUGCUUCAAUGACCAAACACUUGCUCGGGAAGCAGCGAGUAAUACAAAGAGCCCCAGCUCAUCACUCGAGGAUCUCUCCGGUCACGAGAUUGCUUCCCCUACACUGUCGGAUCUCAACCUACCUCCACUCUCAGUCUGA